AUCAUCAUACUCAUCCUCCUUCUUCUCGCACUUAAAAGCUCCCUCAUUAUCACCCACCAGCACCCCAUCACAGUUACAGCCAGUGCCAGGCCGGCGCAGAUACACACUAAUCCAAUCCGGGAAUAAAAAAGCAGCAGAUAAAAGUACAGUGUGUAUCGAUAGAUAUGCCCGAGGAAGAGUUAGCACGGCGGGGGGGAGUCUCCUGCGGGCUCCCCUUAAGUCAGUGAUUGAGUGACAGUCUCUGUUUACAAAGUGCUGAUGAGCUUUCCAACGAGUGCCUACUUUUUGAAUGUGCCAUACCGAACAUAAGGAACAACGCAGAUCACAAUGUUUACAUUUGAAUAUACAAGGGGGAAAAAAUACUGUUUAAGUGCCGCGAUCAGCACAGGAAUGUAAACGACUGCCUCGUACCUUAAAUCGAUCGAGAGUUAGAUGUUUUCCGGGCCGAGUCUCGUCGAGACUAAAAAGCAUUUUUACAAAAUUCAUGCACAUUAGACUCUGCCAUCCCAAAGCCAUUAGCAACAAUCAUUAAAAGCUACCCGCUAACUGUGUUCGCUACUGACCCCUUUUUUCCUCGGCCAAAUUUCAUCUCACCAGCUUUUCUGAAUGAAGCCUCUGUUACAUUUUGAAUAUUCACGACGUUACUGGAAUCAGCUGGCGAACUAAAACCUGCACAAUAAAAGCUCUGUCCUAUAGUCAUGUAAAAAUGACGCCCACUGCCAAACUCCGAAUCCUUGCCCUGCUUUUCCUUUUUACCGCCCCACACACCACCGGGGAGGACAUCACCCCGUCCUCCACCCGGUCCGACCCCUCUAUCCCACAGUUCAACCCGAGGUCGGCUGCCCUUCGGAACAGGCUCAAAGUCCCCAAGAAAAUUCCGGAAAGCCCCUCAGAGGGAGUCCUGGAGGCGCCCCCUAAACCUAUGCCACAAGUGAUGUUCCCCAAGAAUGUGACAUCAUCCGAGGCCCUGGCCCCGCCCCUUGGCGCGGCCCAGGUGGCCCCGCGCCUCAUCGACGUGUGGAUGGACGUGUGUCAGGGUUACUACGACGUGAUGGGACACUUCGACAACUCGUUCAACUGCACCAAGGACACGUUCGUCUACUGCUGUGGGACAUGCCACUACCGCUUCUGCUGCCCCGACCGAAACCGGCAGCUGGAGCAGGAGAGCUGCAGGAACUACGACUCGCCCGCCUGGGCCAAGACCGAGUCCAACGCUUUGGUCACUGAGGAGGAGCAGGUCUCUGACCCGGACUUUGACCCGCUCAAGCAGCAGAGCCAUAACACAGGCUUCGUGAUCGGAGGCGUGGUGGUGUUCAUGGUGGCCGUGGCCGUGGGCAUCAAGGUGGUCUUCAACAAGGUGCAGCAUGAGGCCCACCAGAGGGACCUCAAUAUGCCCAGAGCCCUGGUGGACAUGCUACGACACCAGUCCAGUCCGAGGCAGCAGGACGAGAGAAACAACAGUGUGGCUCUAACAGUGGGGGAUGGCCAAGGGACGCUGGGGAGAGCGCCAAAAAACCUCUACGCUCCGGGACUGCCGAGCAAGGACAACAGAUUGGGCAACCUGCAGCACAAUUUUAUCCACACGUCAGGCUCCAGCCCCAAACACACUGCGACUAUCGAACGCACCCCUCGGAUGAACAAUGCUCAGUUGGCAGCGGGUGGCACCUUGCUCUCCAGUAAACACAACAACACCAAAUCCCAGCCGUCCUUCCAUCACUCCCUGCACAACCUGGCUCAGCUGCCCCCCUCCUAUGAGAGUGCUACAAAGCCUGAACUCAACAGAUACUCCUCGCUCAAACGACUCGAAAAAGGUCUCGAUGAGUACUCCUCUGGUUACUGCACCACCAAGCGACGCCCGCACACCGCCCAGCCGGCCCUCCAGUCCUCUCAGCACCACCUCCACUGGGGUGGGGACUACACCCUCAGCGGGAGAGGAACGCUGCCCAGGCACGCGGCCCGCCCCUGGAUUCCCCCGCCCCCGUCCGGCAUGCCCGCCUCACCCACCCCCAACCCCUACCCCCUGGACCUCCCGGAGCCCCAGUACAACCCCAACUACGACACCCUCUCUAAACCAAGGAAGGUAAAGUCCACCGACCAACUGCUCAACAUGGGCGAUGUCCCCGGGAAUACGGGGACCCUGUCCCGCCUUUCCAAGAACCAGCAGCACCAGUACUACAAAGCCAUGGCUGCCUCCGGUAAGAACUCCAACACGCAGACACUCACCCGCAAGACCCAGGAUAGGCAGGACAGGCAAGACAGGCAGGACAGGCAGGACAGGCAGGACAGACAGGACAGACAGGACAGGCAGGACAGGCAGGACAGGCAGGACAGACAGGACAGACAGGAGAGACAUGAGAGACAGGAGAGACAGGACCGGCUGCUCAUGUCCCCGGACCACUUGGAGGAGAGAAUGGGCGGCAUAGGGGUCAUGGAUCCGUACGCCCACCCAGGAGGGGGCGUCCCCACCCUGCCUCGCCAGCAGAAGGCCCAGUCCCAGCAGAACGUGUGCGCCACCCCCUCUCUUGACCGCCAUCAUAUGAUCAAGAUGAACUCUCACCCGACAUCCGGAAGAGAGCAAGAGAGGAACCCGGGCGUGACCGGCCACAUCAGCGGGGGCAUGGGCUGGGCGGGGGAGAUGCCCGGGGCGGGUGUCGUCAUGGGAACGGGAACUCUAGGAGGCCACAACGCCCGCAGGAUGGCUUUCGCGACUAAACGGCAGAACACCAUCGAGCAGCUGCAUUUCAUCCCGGGCGGGGGCGGCAGCGGGUCCGGGGGGAGCGGCAGUGGGGGCGGCGGCAGUCAGGGGAUCAGGACAGGGAGCAAAAAUGAGGUAACAGUGUGAGGAGGCGUUGUGGCUAACGUAGAGCUCACAACUCGCCAUGGGACCAGAGCGCCCGUCUGCAUUUAAUCCACAGAUUCACAGCUGCCAGAAAUAGAAUUAAUAUUGUAACGGUAUAACAUACACUUCUCACAAAUUGUUAGGGAUAUUCAGCUUUUGGGUGAAAUGCACUCUAACCUUUACAUUCUGUUCUCUAACAAGGAGGUGAACAGCAACAAAUUGACAACAGGUUUAUUUUUGUAAUAUCCCAGGACAUCCACUUUCUGUGACUCUUCCAGUCUCUCUGUAUUGCUGCUGCAACUUACUGACGGCACUCUGUGCCAUUUUAAGCUCAUUCUGUAGCCCCGUUGCAAAUAGUGAAUAUCUGCGAGUAAUUGACUCACUUCCUAAGAGGGUUUGUCAUUACCAUUAGAAGCCACAAGAUGACAGGAAAGGGCUACUUUUGUCUGAUUAAAGCUACUCGACUAACUUAAAAUGGUUUCCUUGGCACCAAAAUACUGUUAUUGCUUUGUUCUGAACACAAAAACACAGACUCUGUGAGUUUACAAAGGAUAGGUUCCCCCAAAAAAUUCACGAAUAGGCAAGUUUAUGAAUGUUGAACCGCGAAUAUGUGGGGGUUCACUGUACUGUUGAUCAAUUGUUAGGCGUUGUCUUGGUCUCGUCUUGUCAAAAUGUAAACAGCAUAAUUCAAGAGGACUGCUUAAAUACCAAUUCUAAUUGAACUGGGAAAUGUUUUGGACCGUUCAUGGAUCAAACACAUGAUGUGAAUUUUGCCAUUCCGCUUUUUGUUAGAGAAUAGCAAGUAAAAACACACGAACAUGAAACAGUUGGACAUGCCAUUCAAAAGUUUAGACAGGCUCAAAUUAAGUUGCGCUGUAAAGGUUGCAGUGCAUUCUAGUUUCAUCCUGAAAUUUCACCCCAAAGCCCGAUAUCCCUACUUUUUGGUGAGUAGCGUAUUUAGGCUAUUCUAAUUGGUGUUGUAGUGAAACAGCUUAAAUAUGACCACUUCUUUAAAAAGUUAGGAGCGCUCCAAUUGUGUGAUAGCAUACAUCAGCCAUAUUUUGUAAGUGAAUUUACCAUCUUUGCCAUAUACACAGCAGUGCCAUUACUUGCACAGAGCGGUAGGGUGGAACAAAGCAGUACAUGUACAGUAGACGGUUUUAAAAAAGCACUCAGGAGCCAUAUUAGAUAAGAUAUAUAUAUAUAUAUAUAAAAGGACUGCUAAAGAGAAGAGGACCAUGUGGGAUAGAGAAUUUAUUAAAGAACAGUGCAGACUACCUGCUUGGCCAGCCCUCGCCUACAAUGAUUUAUUACAGAGACGAUUCUCGUGGGUGAGCAGCAAGACAUUAGUCUGACCUCCCCACAGGGAGAAAAUAACUCGCGUUGCUUCCUGUCCGCAAGAGUGACUUUUCUCUGACUUUCUGGGAUAACGGAGGAGCCAGGACGCCGCAUGCAUUUAAACUGUGGACAGACACCGAUCAGUCCGAUGCCCGGGUUGCCUAGUUUGCCAUGCGACCUUAGCUUUGAGGAGGAAGUCUCACCGAUCGUCGCUUUGCACUGCCAAAUGUCUCAAGACGGUAUCAGACGACGACAGCGUCCCAUUGUUUAAAAUCAGGACCUGACUGCAAAAACAAAUGGGCUACCAAAUAACCAAGAGCCAUGAUUACAGUGGAUAUAUAAAAAAGUCUACACACCCCUGUUCAAAUGCUAAGUUUUUGUGAUAUAAAAAAAAUGACAUCAGGAUAAAUAAUUUCAAAACUUCUUCCAGCAUUAAUGUGACCCAAAAUCUGUCAACUUAGUUUUAAAAAAUCUUUUAGGGGAAUUAAAAUCAAACAAUGGUGAUAAUGUUGUUGAUAAUGAUAAGUGUGCACACCCUAUUAUAACUGGGUUGGGCUGUGUUCAGAAUUAACCAGUCACCUUCACACUCAUGUUAAAUGGGAGUCAGGACUCACAUGCCAACUUUAAAAGUGCCUCUGAGUAACCCCAGAUAAAGUUUGGAUGUUUUAGUAGGCUUUCCUUACUUCCCUCCUUUUAAAAUGAUUAAUCUCAGUCAUUUGAACAAGGGUGUGUAGACUUUUUUAUAUGCACUGUACUUAACAAUUGCCAACUUGCUUUGAUGUAUCUGAAGAUUCUGUUUUCCUUUUGUUUUUGUAUCGAUUUAAACAGAGCACAAAUAGACCACUGUCGCAGAGGUUGCACAUACCCAACAUGUCCUUCAAAGCCAUUUUAUGGAGAUACAAAGAAAAAUACCACAGAGGAAGCUGGUCAGACAAUCACCAUUUGAAUGCGUUUCACCAAUUCGAAACAAGCGAGACAUAAUCUGUACAGGCACAGGAGACUCGGGACAACCAGGAAGCCCUUUCCAAACAUCCUCCCACGCAAAGACCCCGCUGUAUCAUAACGCACUGCAGCCAGUAGAGAAUUACAACACGCACAGAAAAAUAACCCCAAUAAACAAUAACAACGCUUAUCAGUACUAAGGGCUAUCUUAUCCUUAUAGACUGUAGUAUGUGAUAUCUGUGGUCCAUAUAUGAAGCUAUCUCUUGAUUUUGUGUUAAUAUUGUCAUUGAGUAUUGAGUAUUCAUGUAGAAAAAGAUAGAGGAGCACUCGAAGCACAGUUCAAAGAGUCACAACACAAGAGACUGAAAUUUGCACAAAUAAACUAGCUUGCCCCUCAUAUUUUGCGGAAGGGAUGUAUUUUUUUCCUCCACUUUUUAAUGACAAAGGGAAUUUCCCACUGGCUUUUCUCUACGAAAGGACACACAGAUUUCAUUCGAACGAUCUUCCUAUACGCAGUGCUAAAUGUAGUUGUUAUGAAUAUGAUGGAGUGUUCUUAUUGAAGAUUAUUAUAAUUGUUAUGGUUGUUAUCAACAUUUAUCUUAAGAUGUGAUGUUCAUUUACUUGGUGGGGUUUUGGUGUUUAUUGUUUUUGGAUAACUUUUAGCAUCCUUCAUUAGUUUUUCUAUGUUCAAUACAUGUGGUUCCUUGAUGCAUGCCUGGCUCCAUUCCUUUAAGAAGCAUUUCUCGUACGUCUGGACUCUAUGGUCAUUUUCUUAUUUCUAGCUGUACGUACUGUGCCUAGACAUCGGCCUUAUGGCUUCUUGAUCUCAUUUGAUUGCCUGGGUUGACACAGAAGUUCCAAAAAGAAUCUGCUGGAGUAGUUUGGGAUGGGGAUUUUAACGCCACCAGAAGAGCAAAGGUCCCUUGUUUGAUUCUCAUGAUUUAAAACCUGUGAAUCCAUUAUACAUUAAUGAUGUUUAUGAUAAUUUUAUGACAUGUUUAAGUCUGAGUAGGUCUGGUUUAAAAACAUCAGUGUGGGUUUGUUUUUCUUCAGGGAAAUAGACCCUUUUCACGGUGAUGUCAUACCACUUCCACUCUGUCUUAGUGUCACUCCUGCACCGUAUUUGAUUAUUUAAUAAGAUGUAAACAAAUUGAUAACCAAAGGUUAAGGGAAAUCCAGCAUGGUGGUUUCCCGCUCCGGUCCAGUUUCUCGACUGCACACUAGUUUAUGUUUCUGAUUUUAAUGUAAGUCUUAUUACAUUAACUAAUACAAGCGAUGCAAGUGAAGGUAGGACAAAGCGUAUCUGUUCUGACGUCACAUGUAAAGGGUUUAUUAGAUAGAGAGUGGUUUUGUUUGUUUGUUUGUUUGUUUGUUUGUUUGUUUGUUUAUAAAUUUGAAUAGAGCCACAAAAGGUUUGUAGCAAAGUCUGUAAACUCUCACAAGCCAUAUCCACCAAAACUCAUGUUCUCACACUUUUCUAAAUGGUUAAUCUAAUUUGUGCAAGUAUCGUAUUUUGUAUAGCUAGUACAAUCAGAAAACUAUUUUGAGUGAUAUCUUCAUUAAUUUGAUAAUUAAAAAGCAAAUUCUGUGUUAGUAUUUAAUGAAUUGUACAGUGCCAAACUCAUAACAUUUGCAGUCUUGCUUAUUGUCACGCCCUCCUGUGUGGCUACAGUGGUACACUACUGUAUAUCUUUUUCAAUGCUGAGCGCUAACCAACGAUACAGUAACGUAAGGGACUUUAUUUUGGAGAGAAAUGAAUGAAUAUGGUGUGUGUUUUGAACCAUUAUGAAUUUGUUUGGAGUGAGGAUGCUUAGUGCCCUCUUUAAAUGUCAAACAAAAGCAUUGCCAAAAGUACAUGACAAUUGUAAGGACAAGAAUGGUGUCCAGUAGCCUAAAAAUGAAUUUAUUUUCAUGAUUCUAAUUUUCAAACAACUUUUUUUUUGGUUAUUGCUCAAUGCAUCCACCCCCUUGGAUAC